AACGCACACGCAUUGUGGCGCGCGCUGAGCGGUCUCACGGUACGGCGUGUUUGAUUUUUAAUCUCGUUUGUGAGGUGGCUAUCAGGCUGAAUAAUGCCGAGCUGAACGGGCUAUAAGCGUAUCAGCCUCAGACCACGUCCAUGCUCAGCCCAUGCUAGUCGGAAGUUGUUGAUGCACUCAUACACUUGACUUAUUCUGUAUGUUAAUUUGAUACAUUACAAGACAAUGUCAAUGACAACAGGAACUAGUGAAGAUGAUUUACAUUGGAAGAAUAUGUACUCUGCAUCCUCUGGGGAUCUUGAUCUAAAGCGUCUGGAACAAGCCUACAAGGGAUGGUCAGAGACAUAUGAUGAGGAUAAUGAACAAAUGUUAUACAAAGGCCCUCAUCUAGCUGCACAGAAACUCUCCAAGUUGAUGCCAGAUAAAAGCAAGAAGAUCUUAGACGUGGCCUGUGGAACUGGAUUGGUUGGCAAAGAGCUUCAUUCACAAGGCUAUGUGAAUAUAGAUGGCGUUGAUCUGGUUCAGGACAUGCUCACUCAUGCGAAACAGACAGGAGUCUAUUCCCGACUAGAGGCCUGUGACGUCAUAGGGCAGGGGCUUUCUUGUCAGGAUGGUACCUAUGACGCUAUCGUGUGUGUAGGGUCAUUCAACCAGGGAUGUGUAACACAAGCAGUGUUUCCAGAACUACUUCGGGUAGCAAAGAAAGGUUGUAUCAUUUUGAUUGUUAUGCGAGAGGCAUUCGUCUACACCUGCCCCGCCUUCAAGAAUAGUCAACUCGACACGGACAUUCUCAUGCGUGCUCAGAACGAAAUCUGGAAAUAUAUCCUACGUGAAACGGUCCCUAAAUACAUUGGGGAGUUAACUGGUCUUCUUUAUGCGAUGGUAGUCCAGUGAUGUCAUCGUGUUCCACAAUUUACUCCUGCUUCAUACAGAGAUGUCGAUGCCGAUCAACAUGUUUAAAUGAAUGUGUAUAGAAAAAUGUUGUCAAUCAAUACAGGGGCAGAUUUACUUUCACUUUGUUAAAACCUAGGAGAAGAAAAACAGACAUAGAAAUAAUAAUAACGAUAAUAAUGACAUUUAUAAGGCGCUUAAUUAUAUGUGUUUCUUAGUGCACAGGUGGUAUUGUCUAACUCAGUUUAAUUGUUCAACAUGUUCGAUAGCUUAAAGAGAAGAUUGAGUUCUUGAAAGAGGUGAAAAAAUGAUUUGUGAGCGUUAUCAUUGUAUUAUGCAAUGUGGAAGAACAUCAGAUAAAAUAUGUUCCCUGAAAAGCAAGGCUCUUCAAAUGCUUUAAUAUUCUAAAUAUGGCUGUAACAUCAUAACUUCGGGACGGA